AUGGGGGCCCCCACCACGGGGCCCCCCAAAGGAGGAGACAUUUUGCGCGAUUUGCUGCUGCCUGCAGCAGAUGCUUCCUUGCUGCACUGCAGCAGUAGUAGUAAUAGUAGUAGUAGUGUUGGCAACAGCAGCAGCAACAGCAGCAGCAGCAGCAGCGACAGCUGCUGCUGGGGAGGCAUCAAUUGGGGUGUCCCUGGUGUAGGUAUUGCUGCUGCUGCCUCGCUGCAGCAGCUGACAGCAGCAGCAGCAGCAACAGCAGCAGCAGCAACAGCAGCAGCAGGAACGCGCACUCCUUGUCGUCUUUUUGCUGCCUCUGCUGCUAGAAAUUCUCUUACAACUGCAGACCCCGCAGCAGCAGCAGCAGCAACAGCAGCAGCAGCAACAGCAGCAGCAGAUGCAGCUGCUGCACCUGCUGCUGCUGCUGCAGGGCCCUCAUUUGCUGUUGCUAGACAGAAGCUGCAGCAGCAGCUGCUGCAGCAUGCAGGAGACUAUUGGAUGCUGAGCAAAGGGAGACUAAGUCUUCUUGUGUCUCUUUCUUCUAUAUGGGGAUAUUUAGCAGCAAAUCAGGCAGGUGUAUCGAUAGCAGCAGCAGGAGCAGCAGCAGGAGGUAUUGUUGCUGCUGGACUACAACAACCACUAACAGCAGCAGCAACAACAACAACAACAGCAGCAGCAGCAGCAGCAGCAGCGCCUCUUGCUGCUCUAUUUGUUGGUGUCUUGUUAACUUCUGCUGCAGCAAAUUCUUUGAAUCAAAUCAUCGAGAGACACCUCGAUGCUAAUAUGGAUAGAACUAAGAUCAGGUACCCAGCAGCAGCAGCAGCAGCAGCAGCAGCAGCAGUAGCAGUAGCAGUAGUGUGUGUAUUUGUGGUGUCUCCUUCAGGCCUCUUCCUAGUGGCCGUUUAG